CGCGCUGAACAGCCUACAUGUAGGCAGGAUCAAGUAUUUGAGAAGGGCUCUUGAUUGUCGUGAGAUCAUUCGUCGUCUGUCCAGUGGCUGCAGUUGGUCGCAUGAACGUUUCCCCCCCAGACUCAAGACUAAAGGAUGAAAUGAGGUGCAGAGCUGAAGAGCUGAAGGAAUGGGCGAGUAAAGACAGACGAAAGACGCACACGGAGAGCGCUGUGAGCCAUCUGACUGACGCUACGACAAGAUCCGAGUGAAGUCUGACCAUCACAAGACGCGCGAAUUUGGAUCACAUUUAGAUCAAGCGGAUUUCAUUGAAACGAAUGGUGUGAAAGGUGCAGGGCAAGCAUCACUCACACGGCUAUAAGGAUGCGGGUGUCGGGAUCGAGGAUUAAGCUGUGGUGUCCGCUUAUCUCGCUGGCACUGAUUCAGUUUCUUACCCCUGUUUCGGCUCAAGUUCCAGCUCCAAGAAGACUUCGAUUUAAAGUUCUGAGUGCAGGCAGGCUACUUGUCUCAUGGAAGGAACCAAAAGGAGAAUAUGAUGGCUACAAUUUUAUAUAUAAUAGUGAACCAGGUGGGGAAACAAGCGAGUUGCAAAUUGCAAGGGGAGAGAAUAAAGCAAUAAUAAAGGAUUUUAAUCCCAGGAAGGAGUAUUCAGUCAAGGUUAUAGCUGUGAGUGGAAACCUGCACAGCCGAGCACUUCAGGGAAAAUAUACUGCAGAAGACCAGAGCAGUGAUGGAGACACCACUCAGCCUCAAAGACUGAAAGAACCAGGACCUGUGGAAGAGGGCAAUGAGAUCUCAGGAGUGGAUCAGUUUGUCUGCACAACUUCUGCUAUUGCGGAUAUUGUCAUCCUGGUCGAUGGAUCUUGGAGUAUUGGGCGAAUCAAUUUUCGUCUGGUUCGCAUGUUCCUUGAAAACCUGGUCAGUGCCUUCGAUAUGGGAAUAGACAAAACCCGGAUUGGACUGGCCCAGUACAGCGGGGAUCCACGAAUUGAGUGGCACUUGAAUGGCUUCAGCACAAAAGAUGCAGUAAUAGAUGCUGUCAAAAACCUGCCAUACAAGGGAGGCAACACUCUCACAGGUCUUGCUCUUACCUACAUCCUGGAGAACAGCUUCAAACCUGAGUCUGGGGCUCGUAGCAAUGUUCCCAAAAUUGGAAUUCUGAUAACUGACGGCAAAUCCCAGGAUGACGUUAUCCCACCUGCUCAGACCCUGAGAAGUGCUGGAGUCGAGUUAUUUGCCAUUGGUGUGAAGAAUGCUGAUGAGAACGAGCUGAAGGCCAUCGCCUCUGAACCAGAGGAAACACACGUUUAUAAUGUGGCAGACUUCAGUAUCAUGAGCACUAUAGUGGACGGCCUGACCAAUAAGGUGUGUGAUGGAGUGGAGCAACAAGACAAAGAAAUUAAACGAGAUUCUUCCACUGAAGAGACGGCGUCUCCACCCCAAGACUUGGUCACUUCUGAGGUGACUGCACAUAGUUUUCGAAUGACCUGGACUCAUACGCCUGGCAGUGUGGAAAAAUAUCGGGUUGUUUACCAUCCAACCGGGACAGAUAUUCUGGAAGAGAUUGUGGUGGGCGGCACGAAAAAUUCAGUCGUGUUGCAGAAUUUGAACUCUCUGACUGAAUACGAGAUUGCUGUGUUCGCUGUGUACCGCAGCGCAGCAAGUGACGCUCUGAGAGGCAGCGAGAUCACGCUGGCUCUGCCAACAGUGAGUGAUCUCAAGGUGUACGAUGUGACAGACAACAGCAUGAGAGCCCGUUGGAGGGAUGCAGAAGGGGCUUCUGGGUACAUGAUCCUUUACGCUCCACUGAGCAGUGAGACUACAGAUGAAAGAGAGCUAAAGGUGGAUGAGUCGGUGACUGAUGUGGAACUGACUGGAUUGAUUCCUGACUCAGAGUACACCGUUACGGUCUAUGCCAUGUUCGGAGAGGAGGCCAGUGAUCCCGCUACUGUUCAGGAGACCACCAUGUCCCUGAGACCUCCACGUAACCUGCGGGUCACUGAAGUUGACCACAGCUCUGUGCGACUCAACUGGGACGCAGCGUCCAGUAAGGUUAAGGGCUACCGUGUCAUGUAUAUGAAGACAGAUGGUGUCCAGACCAAGCUUGUACCGGCCCCGUUCAGCCUGAUGACAUCAGAGGUGACCUCAGAGAGUUUCCGGGUCAGCUGGUCACAUCCUGCCAGGGAUGUGGUGCUCUAUAAGAUGAACUGGUCACCCACUGAAGGAGGAGAAGAGAGAGAGAUGAUGCUGGAUGGAGCUGUGGACUCAUAUGUGAUUCAAAACCUGAGUCCUUUUACAGAGUAUAAGGUGUCACUGUCAGCCAUCUAUAAAGACGAAACGGAGAGCAGCGUUGUGGUUGUGCUCGAGAAUACAUUGGGCUGGACCACAGAAGUUCCCACCACUUUCCCCUCCACUACAGCAUUUGUUCAUCUGGGAGUGAGUAACCUGUGGGUGGAUGAGGAGACCCCCUUCAGUAUGCAAGUGAACUGGGAGGUGCUGGACUCAGACGUGGACCAGUUCAAAGUGACAUAUGUCAGUGCAGACCGCACAGAAGAGACAGUGUUAGUCUCGGGAAACAGAAGAAGCGUGACCCUGCAACCUCUCCUCUCAGACACAAGGUACAAGAUCACUGUGACCCCUUUUUAUGCAGAUGGAGAGUCCACAGCUCUGGCCAUGGCCUCAACUGGCAAAACAAUUCCACUUUCUGGACCCAGUAACCUAAGGGUGUCUGAUGAAUGGUAUAAUCGCUUCCGCAUCAGCUGGGACAGCCCUCAGUUCCCUACUAUGGGUUACAGAGUCAUCUACCAGCCCAUCUCUGUGCCAGGUCCGGCUCUAGAGACGUUUGUAGGGGAUGAUGUGAACACCCUGCUGAUUCUCAAUCUGUUGAGUGACAAGGAGUACAGCGUUCAGGUCAUCGCCUCCUACACCACCGGCUCCAGCCAACCCCUCACCAGCAAGGGCAAAACAUUGUUUCUGGGGGUGAACAGUCUCAGCACAUACCAGGUGCUCAGUAGCAGCAUGUGUGCCCAGUGGCAACCUCACCGCCACGCCACCGUCUACAGAGUCGACAUUGAGUCACUGCUCAACGGUCAGAAACAGGAAGUGAGGGUCGGUGGUGGUGCAUCUAGAGAGUGCUUCUUCAACCUUUCCCCCGACACCCAGUACAAGAUCAGCGUCUACAGUCUUUUACAGGACACAGAGGGUCCUGCCGUCACCACAAUGGCAACCACUGCUCCAGCACCCACCCAGCCACCGACCACACCACCCACCACGAUCCCUCCUCCCACCAUCCCCCCUGCCAAAGAAGUUUGCAAAGCAGCCAAGGCAGACCUGGCCUUCCUUGUAGAUGGCUCCUGGAGUAUUGGAGAUGACAACUUUCAGAAGAUUAUCCGUUUCCUAUACAGCACAACUGGUGCACUUGAUGUGAUUGGCCCCGAGGGAACACAGGUGGCCAUUGUUCAGUUCAGUGAUGACGCCAGGACUGAGUUGAAGCUCAGCUCCUACAGCGAUAAGGAGGCUCUGCUGGACGCCGUGCAGCGCAUCACCUACAAGGGAGGAAACACCAAGACAGGUCGAGCCAUUAAGCAUGUGAAGGAGGCCAUCUUUGCUGAGGACGUGGGUGCAAGAAGGGGCAUUCCUAAAGUGUUGGUAGUGCUCACAGACGGGCGAUCUCAGGAUGAUGUCAACAAGAUCUCUAAGGAGAUGCAGAUGGAGGGCUACAUCAUCUUUGCCAUUGGCUUCGCUGAUGCUGACUAUGGGGAGCUGGUGAACAUUGCCAGCAAACCCAGCGAGAGACAUGUGUUCUUUGUGGAUGAUCUGGAUGCCUUCAAGAAAAUUGAAGAACAGCUCAUAACUUUUGUUUGUGAGGCUGCGACUGCCACUUGCCCCUCGAUGUUGAUGAGCGGAAACACUUUAGCUGGUUUCCGUAUGAUGGAGAUGUUUGGUUUGGUCGAGAAGCACUACAGCAGUGUGCAAGGUGUCUCAAUGGAGCCUGGGACUUUCAACAGCUACCCCUGCUACCGGUUGCACAAGGACGCCCUCGUCUCCCAGCCUACCAGGUAUCUACAUCCAGAAGGCCUUCCCUCUGACUACACUAUCUAUAUGCUGUUCCGCAUACUGCCUGAAACUCCUCAGGAACCUUUUGCAUUGUGGGAAAUCCUUGACAAAAACAAUGAGCCACUGGUGGGCAUUAUCCUGGAUAACGGAGGGAAAACAUUAACCUUCUUCAAUUCCGACUACAAGGGAGAAUUUCAAACGGUGACUUUCGAAGGAAGUGAAAUUAAGAAGAUUUUCUAUGGCAGUUUCCAUAAGCUUCAUGUGGCCAUCAGCAAAACCGCUGCUAAAGUGGUGAUCGACUGCAAAACGGUGGGAGAGAAAUCCAUCAAUGCUGCAGGGAACAUCACCAUUGAUGGAGUGGAGGUUCUGGGACGCAUGGUCCGCUCGCGUGGAAGGAGAGAUAACUCAGCGCCGUUUCAGCUCCAGAUGUUUGACAUAGUUUGCAGUACAUCAUGGGCCAGUCGGGAUAAGUGCUGUGAGCUUCCAGGCUUGAGAGUAGAAGAGGACUGUCCUGCCAUGCCCCAUGCCUGCACCUGUGCUCAGGAUAGCAAAGGACCACCUGGACCCUCAGGACCCCCGGGCGGUCCUGGUAUCAGAGGUUCAAGAGGAGAUCGGGGGGAGCCAGGCUUGACGGAGACUGCCGGGCAUUCACACUUUGUUUCAGCAGCCCAGCUGGUGGGGCCUCAAGGGCCACCUGGUGAGAUUGGAUCUCCAGGACCACAGGGACCACCGGGUCCUCAGGGGCCGAAUGGACUGUCCAUUCAGGGGUCACCGGGGGCUCCAGGAGAGAAAGGAGAGAAGGGUGAAAUUGGUCUGCCAGGUCCUCAGGGUGUACCAGGUGCCAGUGGAGGACCAGGCCGAGAUGGACCUCCAGGACAGAGAGGCCUACAGGGUAAAGAUGGACCCCAGGGACGACAGGGCCCUCCAGGACCAAUGGGAAGCCCUGGAGCUCCUGGGGCUCCAGGACCAAGUGGAUCGCCAGGGCAAAUUGGUGAUCAGGGGCCACCUGGGCCUCCCGGCACCAAAGGCGAACGAGGAGAGAGAGGUGACAUGCAGUCUCAGGCUGCUGUCCGUGCCAUAGCGCGACAAGUUUGUGAACAGCUAAUUCAGAGUCACUUGUCUCGCUACAACUCUAUUUUGAACCAGAUUCCCAGUCAGUCUGUUUCAGUACGAACAGUACCAGGUCCACCGGGUGAGCCUGGUCGGUCAGGACCUCCGGGGCCACAGGGAGAGCAGGGUCCCUCUGGCAGACCAGGAUUCCCUGGAGCCAGUGGGCAAAAUGGCCGCCCAGGAGAGAGAGGUCUCCCAGGAGAAAGGGGAGAGAAGGGCAGUCCAGGGAUAGGGACACAAGGUCCUCGUGGUCCUCCAGGGCCUCCAGGGCCUCCUGGAGAAGGUCGGACAGGAAGUCAGGGCCCUCCAGGGAGACCUGGAAUUCAAGGCACCUCAGGACGUCCAGGUAUCCCUGGUAGCCCUGGUCCUGCAGGACCCCCCGGCUACUGCGACCAGAACUCCUGCCUCAGAUACAACGUUGGAGUACAACAGUUACCCUCCAACCCCUACCAAAACUACGAUCCUGCCACCAACUACAACAAUGAUGAGGAGGAAGAGGACCCUUACGGUGGCUACCGUGCCUACCCUCCUCAGUACUACCAACCCAGUUACCCUGACCCCCAUGCUGCCAGGUUUGGCUCCGCCCACCCUGGUGACACGGUGGGGAUGAGGUCAGCUGGCACACGCCGCUUCUCCCGCAGCACGGCCGAAGAGGGGAGCGUCGAUGAGUCGGAAGUGCAAGUGAAGGCCAAAUAGCUCGGGUGGCCAGCCCCCGGCAAACCGAGUGUCCACACACAAACACUUUUCAUCAGAAUAUCCUGCAGGAUAGGAUUGAGGGAAAUCCGAAAAGUGCCUGCUAUAUGCAUCCUUAUGGGGGGUGGGUUUGUGGAGAAGAUUAGAAAAUGAAACUGUGCCGAUAUUAAUCCAGUGACUUUUCUGUCUUUUGUGAGGCUGUAUGUAGCCAAUGAGAUGAAAAGCAAGUUCAUAGAAGGAACACUGCGCAAAAAAAAAAAAAAAAAAACAUUUUCCCAAUCAGUACUUUUUGUCUGGUUGUCCAGUAAAAAUAUCUAAAAAGUAUCAAUUAAUUUACCUGAAGCAAAAUUUAUAGAAUGAAUUCAAAA